AUUCUUUUUUUGAAGAAUGUUAUUGAGAUAACAAUAUGAGUAUGUUGGCCUUGGAAUCUCUCCCUCUUCCUUCUUCCUCCACUGGAUUGUAUUUAUCUGCCGAUGCUAAAGUCAUAACCAGAGGGUCUACUUUCGAUUAUUGGCUUGAAGAUUGCAAAACUUGCAUGAAGAGAACUUUGAGACAUUGCCACAGGAUUCUAGCUCAAAAAAACACGCAUAUGAUUGUGGAGCUGGACCAUUGGCUCAAAGAUAGAAGGAAAAGUGCUUCCGUCUGGAAAUAAGAUUAUUUUGGAAAAUUUACCCUUUAUAUGCUAAAAAAGGGUUAAACUAGAAUCACAUGAUUCUCAGAUUGAGAAGCACUAGCUACCAUCAUUCAGAGGCAUGAUUUCGUACAGAAACUGAGCUGUCUUGACAAACACCGUUGGUACAGAAGCCGGCAGAUUUUCUUGAAUUCAGAUUUUACUCUUGAUCCAAGACCUGCUGCACAUGGAGUGACUGGGCGAGCUGGAGAUUCCUUGACACACUGCCCUCUAACAGGGACCAAAUUCAACAGCUACCCCACCACCAUAACCUUACAUUACAUUGACACUCUGCAUUAUCUAGUGUCUUGCUAGCCUCUGAAUUCUUCUGUUCAACCCCCAUGCUCUGGACCAACAACAACCAUGUCCAUGCUAAUUUACAUUAUGUCAAUUCCUUAUUGAAGUUGUUCUGAUAAUGAAAAUUGAUGUCCAAUUGUUGGGUAAUAUGGAUUUUCGAGAUAAUGAUAUUUAAAUCUGAUGAAGGUUUUUUCCUUUUCUUUUUUUUUUUUUUUUCAUAAAUCCAACAGCAACUUUCAUUAAAACAAAUCAGAAAAAAGAACAUCAUUAAGAAAGGAAGUGGUUCAUUCCUCGGCACCAUCGGUCCGUUGAGGCAAACUUCAACCAUUUAUGGGUUUCAAUUGUUGAACGCAUAAUUAUAUAUUAUUAUAAAUAACAUUUUCACUAGCUAAUGUAAUUAAAUUAAAGCAUAUACAAAAGAAAUUUCCUAGAAAUUAGCAUAUUAUAAGGGAGAAAGUGAUGCACUUUGCUAAUUAUACCCAAAAUGCAUGCUUUUCUAAUUUUAUUUAAAAAAAAAAAAAAAAAACUAAAACUAGGUAAUUAUAUAUCAAAUGCAUAAUUAAGUUGAGAAAUAAGAAAAGCAAGACACCGCUCUGGUCUUCUACCAGUACCAUAAAAUGGCGGGGGAAAGAAACAAAAGAAAAUGAAACGAAUUUUUUAAGGACCAAAGGCUUAAACAGUCAUUUAUUUUCAAAACUUCCUAAAAUUUCGGUUAUUAUAUUUGUCGAUAUAUAAUAUUCAGAACAUAGACCUUUUCUAUUAUAACAUGACAGCUUAGAUUCAGUUUCUUUGUUUUUACAAAGAAACUUCUUUUUGUCUUGAAACAAACUCUGAAUAAGGACCCAUUUAACCAGCUUAAUGUCUUCUCGUUAAAUUCUCUUCUUCUUCUUUUUCAAUAUAGUUUAACAUAAAGAUCUCAAUUUUUUUUUUCCGUGACAUUUUCCUAUAGAAGGAGAAAGAGGAGUUUUGAUGAUCUGGGUUUUGGUUAAAAAUUUGUAAAUUGGAUUAAUGUACAGUAUUUGGAUCUGAUAAAGGAAGUUGGAAGAUAGAUAGAUUUUUGGAUUCUUGAAAUAAGAGAGAAGAAAAAGAUGGGGGUGGAUUACUAUAACGUGUUGAAGGUCAAUAGGAAUGCAACAGAUGAUGAUCUGAAGAAGUCGUAUAGAAGAUUGGCAAUGAAAUGGCAUCCUGACAAGAAUCCCAAUAAUAAGAAAGAGGCUGAAGCCAAAUUUAAGCAGAUCUCUGAAGCUUAUGAGGUUCUGAGUGACCCGCAAAAGAGAGCAAUAUAUGAUCAAUAUGGUGAAGAAGGAUUGAAAGACAUGCCACCCCCUGGCAGUGGUGGAUUCUCACCUGGAAAUGGCAGUGGAGGUGGGUCCAGUGGCUUCAAUCCUAGGAAUGCAGAGGAUAUAUUUGCAGAAUUCUUUGGAAGCAGUCCGUUUGGAUUUGGAUCAUCAGGACCUGGAAGGUCUAUGAGAUUUCAGUCAGAUGGAGGGAUGUUUGGAGGAUUUGGUGGAAGUGAAAAUCUGUUUCGAACUUACAGCGAGGGAACUGUGCCGAGAAAACCAGCACCUGUAGAGAGUAAAUUACCUUGCAGCCUUGAAGAAUUGUAUUCUGGAUCAACUAGGAAAAUGAAGAUCUCUAGAACUGUGGUCGAUGGCCAUGGGCGGCAAGUGCAAGAAACAGAGAUAUUAACCAUUGAUGUAAAGCCAGGAUGGAAGAAGGGAACAAAGAUUACUUUCCCAGAUAAGGGAAACGAACAGCUGAAUCAGCUUCCGGCAGAUCUAGUGUUCAUCAUUGAUGAGAAGCCCCACGACAUUUACAAGAGAGAUGGCAACGGCCUCAUUAUCAAUCAAAGGGUAUCAUUAGCAGAAGCACUAGGAGGGACGACAGUGAAUAUCACUACACUUGAUGGCCGUAGCCUAUCUAUACCAGUGCAUGAUAUAGUUAGCCCUGGUUAUGAGCUUGUGGUUGCUAGGGAAGGUAUGCCGAUAGCCAAGGAGCCUGGCAAUAGAGGCGAUUUAAGGAUCAAAUUCGAAGUGAAGUUCCCAACAAGAUUGACACCAGAGCAAAGAGCAGGGCUCAAGCGUGCCUUGGGGGGUUGAAGAUUGACGAAACUGUUAUAUAUGUUAGCCACUAGGUUGAGCUAGACUUGGAAGCCAAAGCAGUUAUACAAUUGGCAUAUAAAGAAUAGGGCAUUUCUAAUUGCCCUUUAUAUUUUUCUAUACACCCUAUUUAGAUGAACAAUAUAGCAAUCCAACAACCAGAGUACAGCAAUUAUUAUGCUUUUUGUCAAGCAUAUUCAGUAAAUGGAUGUAAUUAAUUUUGAUAUUUUUUUUUCCGAGAGAAGAGGAUCCAUUUCAGGCUGUAUUUCUCCCUCUCGGUUACAUUUGUUGGAUAAUUCUUGUAUGUGCUUUACCCACUAAUUAUUUUGGGAACACUUGAUAAAACUCAACCUUUCUCGACCA